CGCUUAUGUCUGGAAACUCCAAAAGUAAAACACAGGGAAUUGGCUCUGUUAAAAGUAAAAUUUAACUACUAGUGCGAUUUAAAAACUACAUUGCCAUCGUCUGCUCGCUCCGCAUAGUUUUCCAUACUAUUGAGAAACUCUAUGGCAUCGAAGACCGAUGUAAUGGAGAAUCUAUGAACUCUACGUGCGUUGAACAGACUAGUGCAAUCGAGUUGUUGGGUGUCAGAAAGCGCAAACACAAACUAAUGCCCCACAUUUUACCUUCACUUGUGUAAAACGGCACUUUUGAGAAUAUUGCCAAACGACUGUGAGUCAUCAGGUCUACUUGUAGUGUCGCGUGCCUACAUAUAAUUAUUGUAUUUUCGCUCUCAUGUUCAGCGAAAUCAUUUGCAAGCCCUUCGAAAAUGUCGGCGCAGCCGUGGCGUCCCUGGCGCCGGGCGGUCUACCGCCGCCGUCGUCUCCUCCGCCGGCGCCGCUGGACCCCAGCGACCCGCUCCUCACCAACCCGACGGUGGCGUUGGCCGUCAAGUCGUUCCGCAACAUGCGCAGCGCCGCGUUGACGCCCGUCGCCCGGCGGCUCCGAGACAUCAUGAUCAAGCGCCAGCAGCUGAGACAACAGCAGCAGCAGCAGAUGGCGCUGCAGCCGCAAGUGAGCCCGGGCGGCGGCGGCGGCGUCCAGGACUGGACCGAGGUCAGCAUCGCCUGCCCGCCGCCCGGCACCAACCUGGCCGGCCGGAGGCCCGUCAAGGGCCGCAGGCCGCUCAUACCUCCGGGCCAGCUGCUUCGGGAAACCCUCGGAGCAGACGUGCUGCUCCUGCUGGGCGCUCUGCUCGCGUUCCUCGGCUCGGCGGUCACGCUGCUCGCGACGUACGGCCGGUUCGGCAACCCGGAGUCCCGGCCGACCGUGCUCGGGCUUGGGCCGCCCCUGGUGGGCAUCGGGUUCGUGUUCUGCAUGCUGAGACUGUUCUUCUGCAAGCCGCAGAAGAUCAAGAACGCCUGCUGCGGUUGGCUGCUGGCCGCGCGCGUGCAUCCGAGUCGCGGGGGAAGCCGGACGCCGGUCAACGUGGCCACCGCCGCGGCGCCUCGGGUGGCCGACCACGCCGUCUCGUUCGACGCGACGCGCUUCAGCCAGACUUGGACUAUCACGUGACAGUCGGCUUCCGUGCCGUGUGUGCCCUUUCCUUCCGGAUGAUGGUAGUGUCUACGACGCGUCAGUUUUGUGUGCCAACUUUUAGUAUGUAUACUUACUUGCCUCGGCUCGAGGACCGUGCGAUGUGCUUGGACCGCUUUGGGGAAGAGCAAAGCUGAAGCAAAACACGGAAAUAAUCGGCGUUUUUCACAAGGAGCGUGGAUCUUCCUGGCGAAACGUAUCUCCCUAUACUGCACCACUGUUUCUUAACGGGUGCUGUCGGCAACUGUUUUCGAGGCAGUUUGUUGGGCCCGCGUCGCUGGUCGGCAGGGACGAGGAGAAGCAAUGGACGAAACAUCGCGAAGCAUUACUGUCCGCCACACACAUUUAGUUAAAUGUCGUCGCUUGUGCUCUUGUCUUUCUAUGGAAGAUAUUCUCGGUGCUGUUAAUGAAACUCCCAACAGUAGAUUGCAGGAGCCAUGUUUUAUAACGAGUACCAUCCAACUGCCUAACUGGGAUACCACGCAAGUAUGUAACGUUGACUUAAAUCAGUCUAGUCCGUCGUCAUAUUUUAACCGCCAUGUUGAGUGAUAUAUGCUGGCACUUGAUGUCCAUGUGGAUGUAGGAGAGUUUUAGGCCUUUGUAAUGCUUUUAAAAUCUCUCCCCCGCCCCCUUUUUUUUAUUUGUAAAGAAAAUGAACGAGAUUCGAGCAGUCCAGGCAUGAAAGAAACCUGAUAUUGCUGCAUUUUAAGCACCACUAGCUGGCUACUACAAUGGCGGAGUGGUUAAUGGUGUUCAUGACUUUUUACCGUGCCACCAGACUCCAUUGAGCUAGGAGAUGCACAAUACGGUUGGAGCAACUUGUCAUUACCAAGGCGCUUUCCGAUCGAGUUGUCCACUAUAUUGCUGCUUCUACAAUACUACAACAUACAGGGCUCUGCAGAUUGUUUUUCUUGAGCACUUUGAUUGGAGCGUGAAGCUACUACAGUCGAUACCGGAUAUAUCGAAUUACUGUCUAUAUCGAACAACUGGGGAUCUAAUGCAAAGUACAGCGCUGUACCACGCGUGCACCACGUACACAUACACCACACCACCGCCACAUACAAAACACAUCGAACAUAUCUCGCGCCAUCGGAAAUAUUGACGAUUUCGAAACAGCACUGUUUUGGCACAUACUGUCAGACGAGACGUCGAACUGAAGGGCAAUACAUGUCAAUGAGUAAAAAAAAAAAUGAACAGGGUGCGCACGUGUCUGCAUAUGCGGAUGGCCCGUUCAAACUGCGGUCGUUCGUUAUCGACAAGGGCAGGUCGCCGCGUUACUUGUUUCGAGAACGAGAAAGGCACGUGGCGAAAAGCCUCCCGGUUCGAUACGCGUUCCACGAGAAGGCGCGGAUACAAUUCCGUAUCCACACUGAGUGGCUCCGUGCAUAUAUAGGAUGUCGAACUGGAGACGUCUGCACCACCGGGUACCCAGGAACAUUUUUUAACAGGGUUCCGCGGAACGCCAAGACGAAUCCUACU